UCACAUAAUUUUUAUCAAUUAUUUCUACAAAGAUCACAGCUACAAAAAUGAGCGAUCCGAUUCGUUGUCUUGAAUUCUUUAGCGGCAUCGGUGGUUUGCAUUAUGCUUUGAAUAUUGCCGAGGUUCCUGCCACAGUAGUAUGUGCAUUCGACGUCAACAUGAUUGCCAAUCAAGUCUAUGAAUACAAUUUCGGCCACGCGCCUUCGAACAAAACAAUUGAGCGGCUGACCGCAAAAGAUAUCGAAAAGUUCAAAGCCGAUUGUUGGUUGCUAAGUCCACCAUGUCAGCCGUAUACACAAGGAGGAAACAUGAAGGAUAUUGACGAUCCACGAGCUCAAGGACUGGUCCAUCUGAUAAAUCUAUUACCAAAACUCGCCGACCCGCCCACAUUUUUAUUUUUAGAAAAUGUCAAGAAUUUCGAGGAAUCCCAAUCAAGAGCAAAACUUGUAGAGACGCUUCAGAGCAUGAAUUACCAAAUUAAAGAAUGCUUGUUGUCACCCAUCCAAUUUGGUAUUCCCAACCAUCGGGCACGAUACUAUAUGAUGGCUCGCAGACUUGGUUCUGUAGAAAAGGCACCAUCACCACCUCUAGGAGAAAUACAUACCAAGUGGCCAUUUGCAGGAGAAUACCAGUUUGAGGUACCUGAAUUAAGUCAGUUUAUUGAAAACUCGGCCAACGACGAUUUGCUAUACCGAGUGCCUGAGAAGGAGAUCUUGAAGCGACACAAGUUUCGAUUUGAUAUUGUGCAGCCCAGCGACAAUCGUACGUCGUGCGUAACCAAGGCAUACGGAUCACAUCACCUACAGACAAGUGGGUCCUUGGUACAAACACAGCAUCUGGAGCGUGUGGAAUACGACUGGAGCGAUCCUAAAUCGUUAUUAGAACUUGGCCUACGAUUUCUUACGCCGAUAGAGAUUUCGCGCUUGCAUGCGUUUCCAAUGCCCGAAUAUCAACUACAAACCAAUACUUGCUCCACCAAGCCACGUCCAUUCAACCCACCCCAUUGCUUGCCACACUUGAUGUUUCCAGACUCUGUUUCGUUGAUGCAGCGUUAUCGGCUGCUAGGAAACAGUCUGAAUUGCUGGGUCGUAGCAGAACUGUUACGGUGUGAACUCUUUUAAAAGAAUAAUCUGACAAGUAUAAAGAAAGAAAUAAAAAGUUGUUUGCUAUGUUGUGUUUGUGGCCAAAUUCCAUGGGCAACAAAGCAGAGUAUCUUUGUAUGCUGGUGUGUGAUGAGUUUUCUGUUGUCUCGCUCUCUCUCUC